AUGGCUGACCUAUCCGGCCGCAAGGUCUUCAAAGUGUUCAACCAGGAUUUUAUUGUUGACGAGAAAUACACUGUCACAAAAGAGUUGGGCCAGGGAGCAUAUGGCAUAGUAUGUUCAGCCACAAAUGCUCAGACGGGCGAGGGUGUCGCGAUUAAGAAGGUUACCAAUGUCUUCAGCAAGAAGAUCCUGGCUAAGCGCGCCCUGCGAGAGAUCAAGCUGCUUCAACAUUUCCGAGGUCACAGAAACAUUACAUGUCUGUAUGAUAUGGAUAUUCCACGUCCAGACAAUUUCAACGAGACCUAUCUCUACGAGGAAUUGAUGGAAUGCGAUUUGGCAGCUAUCAUCCGUUCUGGUCAACCACUGACAGAUGCACAUUUCCAAUCGUUCAUCUACCAGAUUCUUUGCGGCCUCAAAUACAUCCACUCUGCGAACGUCCUUCACCGAGACCUAAAACCUGGCAACUUAUUGGUCAAUGCUGACUGUGAGCUCAAGAUUUGCGAUUUUGGGCUAGCUCGAGGUUUCUCCCAGGAUCCUGACGAGAAUGCUGGCUACAUGACAGAAUAUGUUGCUACGAGAUGGUAUCGUGCUCCUGAGAUUAUGCUCAGCUUUCAGAGUUAUACCAAGGCUAUUGAUGUAUGGUCAGUCGGUUGCAUCCUCGCAGAACUGCUUGGUGGCCGUCCCUUCUUCAAAGGUCGAGAUUACGUCGACCAACUUAAUCAGAUCCUGCACUACCUUGGGACACCAAACGAGGAAACUUUGUCCCGGAUCGGAUCUCCCCGAGCACAAGAAUACGUUCGAAAUCUUCCAUACAUGCCCAAGGUUCCUUUCACGAGGCUAUUCCCUCAGGCCAACCCGGACGCACUUGAUUUGUUGGACCGUAUGUUAGCCUUUGACCCAUCGUCGCGCAUAUCGGUCGAGGAGGCACUCGAACAUAGGUAUCUACACAUCUGGCAUGAUGCCUCUGACGAGCCUGCAUGUCCAACAACUUUCGACUUUGCAUUCGAGGUUGUGGAGGACGUUGCUGAAAUGCGUCGUAUGAUUCUCGACGAGGUCCGGAGAUUUCGAAAUGCCGUCAGGCACGCUCCACAAUCUUCAGGCAUGUUAUCCUGA